AUGACUGUAAACAGCUGGGAUCUCUCGUUGCAAAGGGCUGUCCGCAGCAGCUGGGAAGCGACGAGAUUCAAUUGGUAUCUGGGCUUCACUGCUUUUGGCGGGCCGCCGGUGCAUUUUAAGAUUUAUCAAGAGCUGUUUAGCAUCUCGCAGGCAUUAUGUGGCCCCGCAAGCACCAAGAUGCUCUAUUGUAUCAACCUCAUCCACGGGGGCUUGCUUGCCGCCAUCCUGGCGUUUCUAAUAUGGAGUCUGCCCGGCGCAUUGGGCAUGUUUGGCCUGUCCAUCGGCGUCUCCAACAUCCAGGAUACUCUACCGCGGGAGGUAUACGCGCUCCUGUCCGGCCUCAAUGCCGCCACCGUCGGCAUCAUUGCACUGGCAGCGGUUGAACUUUCCGGCAAGGCCGUCACCGACCAACUCACCCGGAUACUGGUCUUCUUGGCGGCCACGGCGGGAAUGCUGUACAACGCACUGUGGUACUUCCCGGUCCUGAUGGUACUGUCCGGCUGCGCCGCCGUCAUACAUGACUACCGCUGGCUUCACCGGCCGGUUCGCAACGUGAAGAGUUUAUGGGUGAGGCUGGGAGGAGCCUCACCGGAGCCAGGACGGGUCGUUGGUGAAGGAGGAAGCGUUCCUGGCGAGCACGACGUCCCUCCAUCAGAGGACCCUGAGCCUCGUACUAUCCCGCAAGAAUACCGCCUCGAGUUCUCCUGGAAGGUCGGGACGGCAAUCAUCACGGCAUUCUUCCUCACCUUCAUCGUCAUCAUGGUCCUUCGUGGUGUUUUGCGCAGUCCGCCCAUGCUGUUUAAACUAUUUGCAAACUUGUACCUCGCAGGGACCAUCAUCUUUGGCGGAGGACCAGUCGUCAUUCCCUUGUUGAGAGAAUACGUCGUCGCAGAGGGAUGGGUCAGUCCCCGCGACUUUCUCAUCGGCCUCGCCAUCACCCAGGCUUUUCCAGGACCAAACUUUAACUUUGCCGUCUUCUUGGGUAGUCUGGCCGCCAUCAACAGCGGGUAUUCUUCAGUGGCAGGCGCCAUUCUUGGGUUCUUGGGGAUAUUUCUCCCCGGCAUUAUACUUGUCCACGGAACCAUGGGCGUCUGGAGCGCCUUGCGGAGCAGGCCGUGGGUGAAAUCCGGACUGAGGGGCGUGAAUGCUGGCGCUGUCGGGUUGAUCUAUGCAGCUGUGUAUCGCAUAUGGCAGGUGGGUUAUAUCGAUGAAGGGUUUCAGUCAGGGAAGAGCCUUGGUGACGACCCGUGGUGGGUGGUGGUCACUGCUACGACGUAUGUAGGUGGGAGGCAUUUUGGGGUUCCCGCGGCGCUUGCGAUUGUGCUUGGGGCCGUGUUGGGACUGGUGAGGUAUGGUGUUGUUUCGGCUCGAAACUAG